GGAGAACAAACACACAGAUGCCAAUCAAGUCCACCCCUGUUUAUCCUUUUGCCACAGAAAGUCAAAUAGACUUAAGAGGGAGGGGAAUGUUGGUUCCUCAGUUUUGUGUCAGCAGUAGCUUCAUGAAGUUACUUGGAAUAUCAAGCAUACAUCUGUCUUAUCCUGUCUGGUCUAAUGGUCUAUUCAGAAGUAGGCUCUAUUUUAAUGACUAGUUGUUGUUUAUUUAUAGUUUGAGUUUGUAAAAAGUAACUAUGGAUCAAGAUAAAGAUGGCUCUGAAACACAAAGCAAAAAUGUAUUUGGAUUAAAAGUGAAGAAGAAGAAAAAGAAAGGUGGCAAAGCGCUAGUCUUUGCAAACAAAGGUGCUCAGGAUGAUCCUGAGAUUAAAAGUGCUACUGAACCACAAGGUGCAGAACCUGAAGUCCCUGAAUCAUGCAGUGACCCUGUCCUGCCUGCUUUCUUGUCUUUUAGAGAAGUUAUCAAUACUAAAAGAUCCAAACCUGUGCCCAAGAUUUUGGAAAGUGAAAGCAAACCACAGACUUUUCAGAUCUCCAUCAACAUCACAGAGGCUAGACAGCUGGUGGGGGAGAACAUUGACCCCAGUGUGGUGAUUGAAAUUGGAGAUGAAAAGAAACAGACAUCAGUAAAAGAAGGCACCAAUGCACCCUUUUACAAUGAGUAUUUUGUAUUUGACUUCUUUGCACAUCAGGAGAUCUUUUUUGACAAAGUCAUUAAACUAUCAGUAAUGCAUUCAAAGAUCAUGAAAAGCUUUUGUGUGGGGACGUUUAAGAUCGAUGUUGGAACUGUCUACAAUCAACCUGGUCAUCAGUUUACUAAUAAAUGGGCAGCUCUUAUGGAUCCCACAGAUGUCAACACAGGAGUCAAAGGUCACUUGAAGUGUGACAUCUGUGUGACGGGGAAAGGAGAUGUUUUGCCCCGAUCACAGAAGUUUAGCGAUGCUGAAGAGCAAAUAGAAAAGAACCCACUGCUACCUGAAGGUUUCCCAUCUAUGCGCCCAUGGGCUCGCUAUUAUGUGAAAGUGUACAGAGCAGAAGGUCUUCCCAGAAUGAAUUCUAGCAUCAUGGCUAAUGUGACCAAGGCUUUCGUUAGUGACAACACAGCUCUUAUAGAUCCAUAUGUGGUAGUAUCAUUCUUUGGACAGGUGGGCCGGACUUCCACUCAGAAGAGUACGGCAGACCCUGUUUGGAAUGAGCAGGUGGUAUUCAAAGAGAUGUUUCCUCCUUUGUGUCAGAGACUAAAGAUCCAGCUACUAGAUGAGGGAAGCAUGAAUGAUGUAGCCAUUGGGACUCACUACAUUGAUCUGCGCAGAAUCUCCAAUGACCAGGAUGGAGAUAAUGGUUUUCUCCCCACAUUUGGCCCAGCCUGGGUCAACAUCUAUGGUUCAGCCCGAAACUCCACGCUUGUGGAUGACAGUCAGGAUAUGAAUGAGGGAAUAGGAGAAGGGGUUUCAUUUCGUGGAAGGGUUUACAUCCAACUAACUGUGGAGAUCCUGUCUGGAGGGGCUGAGUCAAAACCUCUGCUAUCUAUGAAGAUGCCUUUUAAAGAUGCUAAGGGUGGGAAAGCUGCAACUAAAGACCCUAAAGCUGCAGCAGGAGGGGCAGGUGGAGUAGAUGAGGAGAAAAGCAAGGCUAUGGGAGCCAUAGUACUGCCGGUGGAUCCACCUGAAAUGAUCAAUGAUGAGGACAAGGAGAGCUUUCUUCUGUUUGGUGCUGUGUUUGAGGCUACUAUGAUUGACAGGAAGAUUGGUGACAAACCUAUCAGUUUUGAAUUUACUAUUGGAAACUUUGGUAACUUGAUUGAUGGUGCUGCUCCACCACCCUCCAAGAAAAAAGUAGAGAAAGGUCCUGAUCCUUUCAGCCAAGAAGCUACCAUGACUACUCCUCUUCUAGAAGGUCAACCAUCAAAGCCUUGCAGAUCGACCACACCUCCAGAGAAACCUCUUCUUGGAGAUGGAAUCAGGAACUACUUUUAUUUGCCCAUUUCAAGUAAGAAACCAUGUGUCCAUGUGUGGAGCUCCUGGGAGGACUGGACAUAUCGCCUCCACCACUCUAACAUGCUGGACAGGAUAGCCAUCAUGUUUGAAGAGGGAGUAGCAAAGGUGAAAGAACUGGACAAGCUGGUGGACCCAUGCGCAGAGCCGUUUAUGCGUGCUGUUUUACAAGAAUUUUGUAAGGAUGCCAGGGAAUUUAUUGAUUUUGCUGAAAAGAAAGCCAAAGGAACCCAUUUGACAAUGCUAGACAAGAAGAGGCUCAUGUUGUGCAAACAGGAACUGGAGAGCAUGAUAGGUGUAGCUGGAACAAUCACUGAACCAAAGAGAAAGCCUCUAACUGUUAAAGAGAUGCUGAGAGAGGCACAGACCCUCACUCAUCGAAUCAGAUUCCUGGUGGAAGAGCCACAGCACACGCUGCCAGACAUAUUUGUGUGGAUGCUCAGUAAUAAUAAACGCAUAGCGUAUGCCCGCAUCCCUGCACGGCAUCUACUUUACUCUGACAAACUUGUGGAAAAAGGGACGGCCUGUGGCAAGAUCAAAACCUUGUUCCUUAAGCCCCCAUCCAAGCGUGGAGCAGUUGGCUGGAUAGUGCAGGCUAAAUUGGAUGUGUACUUGUGGCUGGGCAACUCCAAAGAGAUAUCCCAUAUGCUGGAGAAUCUCCCAGCUGGCUUUGAGCCACAGUGUUCAUCAGAUGAGGGAACCAUGCUUCCUGAGAGUUUAUUCUAUAAAGAGCAUCAUAAGUUUCAGCUGAGGUCUCACAUGUACCAGGCUCGUGGGCUCAUCGCAGCAGAUAACACAGGCCUAUCAGACCCCUUCGCCAGAGUAUCCUUCCUCUCCAACACUCAGUGCACAGCAAUCAUUAACCAGACUCUUACCCCAACUUGGAACCAGAUGUUGAUAGUAAAUAAGGUGUCUCUAUACGGAGAUCUCAGUGAGUUUGUAAAAGAGCCACCUCUCGUCGUUAUUGAGGUCUAUGAUGAUGACGCACUGGGCAAGCCAGAAUACCUGGGUUCCACGAUAGCUGUGCCAGUGGUCAAGCUUAAUGAGGAGCCAUACACACCACCUCAGCUGCAGUACAGUGCACUUUUUUAUGGUAGCAUGUCUGGUGGUGACAUACUUGGAGCUUUUGAGCUUAUCCAGACAGGAAAGCAUCCUCUACCUGAGACAGAGGGGCCAGAGGGCCAGAACUACCAUGUGCCUUCAUACAUCCGACCUGUGCUCUGCAAGUACAGAAUUGAAGUUCUGUUCUGGGGGUUAAGAGAACUGAAAAAGGUGCAGCUCCUUCCUGUGGAUCGGCCCCAGGUCUUCAUAGAGUGUGCAGGAAAAGGUGUUAAUUCCUCUGUGAUACAGAGCUACAAGAGCAGCCCAAAUUUCACUGUGCUUGUGGACUCCUUCGAUGUGGAGCUGCCUGAGAAUGAGUACCUCCACCCUCCUCUCACGAUCACUGUGGUGGACUGGCGAGCUUUUGGCAGGAGCACGCUGGUGGGCAGCCAUGUCAUAAAUAACCUGGGCCUGUUCAAAUACACACCUUCAUCUUUACCGCCUCCCAGACCACAACCACCUGAGCCAGCCAGCAUAGAACCUGCUCCACUUCCUGAACAAGAGGGCACUGAAGCACAACCCAGUGAGGAUAUUUCCAUAACUAUAGAGCAGGAGAAGAUCAGCAAACCUUCUCACACGCCUGAGACAGUGCCUCAGGAAAGGAAGGACAGAGUCUCUAAGAAGAGCACGCGAAGAUCUACAAAACGGAAGAAGCGCACUGCUGCUGAUGAGUCUGCUGACAGUGUCAUUGACUGGUGGUCUAAGUACUAUGCUUCAAUGGAGAAAAUCCAGAUGUCGAAACAAAGAGAGACCAACCCAUUCCCAAACAUCUAUGAAGCUGUACCUCCUCUUCAGACAUUGCUCACAGAUGGAAUAACCACUAUGGCAAAGGGGUUCAAAGACAAGAAAAGGGAGAUUAACUUCAAGAGUGUGCUUGAGCAGACCAAGAUUGCAACCUUAACGAUAUAUGACAAAGAGCUGGAGGCAGAGUUUGGCCCUUUUGAUGACUGGGUGAAAACAUUUCAACUGUUUCGUGGUAAGGCAAAUGAAGAUGAGAGCUCUGGUGCUGAAAGGUUUGUUGGGAACUUAAAGGCUGGGUUUUGUCUGUAUAAGCUGCCUGAUGAUGAUGAGGAACAGGGUUUAGACUCCGGAGAGUAUAAAAUAAGCCAGGGUAUUCCUCCCAACUCCUCUGUAAAUGUCCUGAUCCGUGUGUACAUUGUUGCAGCCUCAAACCUCCAUCCAGCUGACCCUGAUGGAAAGGCAGAUCCUUAUAUUGUGCUAAAACUAGGAAAAACUGACAUCAAGGACAGAGAUAACUACAUCCCAAAGCAACUUAACCCAGUGUUUGGCAGAUCUUUUGAAAUUCAAGCGUCUUUCCCCAAGGAAUCCUUACUGAGGGUUCUCAUCUAUGACUAUGAUGUUAUUGGUGGAGAUGAUUUGAUUGGAGAAACACAAAUAGAUUUGGAGAACCGAUUUUAUAGCAGACACAGAGCAACCUGUGGCAUCCCAACUGAAUACACCAUUGAGGGCUACAAUGCCUGGAGAGAUGCCAUUAAACCGAGUGAAUUGCUUAUAAAGUUAUGCAAAGAAAACAGACUUGAUAGCCCUCGCUUCUCUCCUGGGAGAAUCACCAUUGGAGAAAAGGUUUACACCGGAAAAACAGUCUUUACUGAUGAGGAUCAGGCAUUUGAGUCCUAUGAACAUUUGGCACUGAAGGUGCUGCACAGAUGGGAUGAAAUGCCAGGUGUGGGCUGUAAACUAGUGCCAGAGCACAUUGAGACCCGGACCCUCUACUUAAAGGACAAACCCGGCAUGGACCAGGGGCAGCUGCAGAUGUGGGUAGAUAUCUUUCCUAUGGACAUGCCUCAUCCUGGACCACCUGUAGACAUUUCUCCCCGCAAACCCAAAGGAUAUGAAUUGAGGAUCAUAAUCUGGAACACAGAAGAUGUCAUUCUGGAAGACACCAAUUUCAUCACGGGCCAACAGUCGAGUGACAUCUAUAUUAAAGGAUGGCUGAAAGGACUUGAAGAUGAUGGCCAGGAAACAGAUGUCCAUUACAACUCUUUGACUGGUGAGGGCAACUUCAACUGGCGCUUCGUGUUCCCCUUCCACUACCUUCCAGCUGAGAAACUGGUGGUGGUAAGCAAACGUGAGAGCAUCUUUUCUCUGGACAAGACAGAGCAGAAGCUGCCUGCAGUCUUAGUGCUACAGGUGUGGGACUUUGAGAGAUUAUCUUCUGAUGACUUCCUGGGCUCAGUAGAGUUGGACCUGCAUGCAUUUCCUCGUGGUGCCAAAUCAGCAAAGGUCUGUAAGAUGGAGAUGCUACAUGAUGCUAGUGAGAAUAUAUCCAUCUUCCAGCAGAAACGUGCCAAAGGCUGGUGGCCUUUUGUGAAGGCUGAUGACCUUACAGGAAAAGUGGAAGCUGAAUUCCACUUGGUAACAGCUGAAGAAGCAGAGAAGAACCCUGUAGGUCGAGCACGCAAGGAGCCAGAACCGCUAGAAAAACCCAAUCGACCAGAUACAACCUUCUCUUGGUUUGUGAAUCCCUUUAAGUGUUUCUUCCAUCUGAUCUGGAAGAACUAUAAGAAGUACAUUAUAGCUGCUCUGGUGCUGCUGAUCCUUGCACUGUUUCUUGCCCUGCUCUUCUACACACUCCCGGGGGCCAUCAGCAACAGGAUUGUCAGUGGAUGAAUGAUCUUUUUUGGUAACGAGGUGUUUGACAAUCAAUAGAAUUGAUGAUGGCACAUUAUUACACUGUAUGGGAUUAGUAUUUAAAUGUACAAAACGUCUGAACUAUUUGGCUUAUCAUCAUGUGAUCAGGUACUUUUAAGCUGGUCAGUCAGGGUCAGAGUUGAUGUAACUAUUAAAACAGAUGAAUUGGAUAAAUGUAACUCAAACUGUUAAGCUAUAAGAUUCCUAUUACAAUUUUUAUUGUAUAAUUGUGCAAUAGGAUUUUUAUAAUGGUAGUGUAUAAUCUCACAAAACCCAGACACUGGGGAGUUCGCACAAGUCAGUGCACUCUCAGUACCAGUCCCAAACUGGAUUAAAAUAGGAGGGUUAAGUCAGGAAGGGCACUGUGCCUAAAACCUGCGCCAAAUCAUAUAUACUGGGAACAGAUGAGAGAUUUUUUAAAAAGUGGGUGUAUAUGGUCACACUUUUCUACACUAUUGUUUUUUAUGGCUCUGUAAUUGUGUUUUUUU